CCCAAGCAAAGUCUCCAGUGGCUUCAUCGGGUAUGAUGUGGGGCUGUCGGGUACUCCACUAUUGAGCGUUGUGACCUCCUGCUGCGCUCUCGGCUUUCUCCUGGUAGGGUGAGACAGAAGAGAUGAGGGGAAGUUCAGAGGCGAGCAUGUAUACUCAACUACCCUUUGUGGGUUUCUCUCCGUUUUGAAUCUCCUUGUGCAGCUACGACAAUGGUGUCUUUGGGUGAGUCAAUUGUGUUGGGUGCUGGAGGGCCAGCUCGGAUUAGGACAGAACUUGAAUUGCUCUACUGAUCAACACCUCCUCCCUGUAGUGGCAUCAUUGACACCCCCGGCUUCAAGCGCACCUUUGACAACCCUUCGCCAGGUACCCUCGGAAACAUCGUAUCCUUGUACGAGAUCGGCUGCUUCAUCGGAGCAAUGUCGACCUUUUUCAUCGGUGGCAUCCUUGGGCGACGCCUGACCAUCAUCGUCGGUUCCAUUUGGAUGCUCAUCGGUGCCAUCAUACAGACGUUCAGCAGUAGCGUUGGCGUAGUCAUCUUCGGCAGGAUAGUCUCGGGCAUCGGUAUGGGCCUGAUCAAUGCCUCGGUACCCGUAUACCAGGCGGAGAUGAGCCCUGCACUCAGCAGAGGACAGCUAGUCGCCAUCGACCUCGUCGUGCUAAACUGCGGUAUCGCCCUCAGCUACUGGUGCUGCUACGGGUUCAACUUCAGCGGACUUCAAGGCAAUGUCACUUGGAGGGUGCCGAUUGCACUGCAGUGCGUCUUCAUCGUCGGCAUCUUCCUCAUUGCGCUCAUCCUCCCCGAUACGCCUCGCUGGUAUGCCACGCGAAACCGCAAUGCAGAGGCACUCACGGUCUUGGCUCGCCUGAGAGGCAAGCCUGAGGACAGUUGCGAGAUCCUCGAGGAGUUCAAUGACAUCCAGGCCACGAUUCUGCACGAAGCAAUGAGCAAGAAGUCUGGUUGGCUCAGCCUAGUCAAGCCGUCCGAUGGCUGGAAGGACGACGUACUGAGGUCGAGACGCCGUUUGUUCUUGGCUUGCUUCAUCCAGGCUGCCCAACAACUGGGAGGCAUCAAUGCUCUCAUCUACUACUCAUCGACGCUGUUUUCCCAAUCGCUCAAGUUUGGCAGUCGCGAUUCGGCAAAGCUAGCCGGAGGUCUCAAUAUGGUCCUGAUCCUUGGCUCCCUCAUGUCCAUCUUCCUGGUAGACAGGGUGGGUCGCCGUAAGCUGCUUCUCCCUUGCAUCGCGGCGAUGUCUUUCGUCUUUGUGUUGCAGACCAUCUUUGUCAAGAAUAUCCAGGCGGAAACGGCUACGACGGGUGUCAAGAAUGCCGCCGUUGCCAUGCUGUUCUUCUUUGAGCUGUUCUUCUCUAUUGGGUUCCAGGCGACCGUCUGGAUGAUCCCUUCGGAGAUCCUGCCGCUGAAUAUCAGGACCCAGGGAUCAGCACUGUCGACGGGCAGCAACUGGGUGAGCAGAACAGAAGAACUGCGGGCCCAGCUCUUGUGCAACCAGCAACUGAUAUCACCCCUCCUCUCCCCUUGCGCCCUUUUCAGAUCUGCAACUUCAUCGUAGUCAAAUUCACCCCUUCGGCCCUGGCGAAUAUAGGCUACCGCACCUACAUCAUCUUUGCCGUCUUCAACUUCUGCUGGCUUCCCAUCAUCUACUUCUUCCUGCCCGAGACCAAAGGUCUUGUGCUCGAGGAGAUCGAUGCCCUCUUUGCCAAGGACGGCUGGCAUCUAGAGCACAAGCUCGUCGCUGGUGGUCUCGUCGAGAGUGGCGACGGUGGCAGUGGCAAGACUAGUCCUGCUGAGGUACCCAUUGUCGUCGGCGAGGGCAAGAAGAGCUCUGACGCAGAUGUAGAGGCGAGUAAAGCGGGGGUGAAGGUCUGAGCCACCAGGUCAACUUCGGCGAUGCGGGGAAGCAGGCGGGGUAGCACGACAUACGGCCAGAUGCGGGUAGCGCAAUUUGGAGGCACAAGGAUGUUUCCAUUCGCAGCAUUGCUAUCCCCGAAAGAGCCCCGUAGGAAGAGUGUCAAUCGCCGCGAC